GGAUCCACGGCCUUCUAUAAAAAGGGAUAAACUGGCAAACUGCUACAUUACUAACAACCCUAGCUAAUCAGUAAUGUUCUUCAGCUCCCCUGCUUUCAUCAUGGAUCUUCUUCAAUUUUCUUCUUUUCCGGUACUUUUGACCUCCUUUGUUUUCAUAUUUAUGGUUUUUACAAUAUCGAAGAAAUCAAAAAGAAACGACGCCAGUGCAAUCCCACCGCCUCCCGGUCCUUGGAAGCUACCUCUGCUAGGAAAUGUGCACCAAUUCAUUUGCUCUCUACCUCAUCACCGCCUGCGAGAUUUGGCCAACAAAUAUGGACAACUUAUGCAUCUUCAGCUUGGAGAAGUCUCAAAUAUUGUUGUUUCUUCAGCAGAAGUCGCGAAAGAAGUAUUGAAAACCCAUGACAUCACUUUUUCUCAUAGACCUUAUCUCUUUGCAUCACAGAUCUUGACAUACAAUUUUACUGACAUUGCAUAUGCACCGUACGGAGAGUAUUGGAGACAAAUGAGGAAAAUCUGCACAUUGGAGCUGCUAAGCGCAAGGAGGGUGCAAGCGAUGAUCCCAAUUCGGGAUCAAGAGGUAAAGGAGUUCGUUAAUUCAAUUUAUUCCAAGGCAGGAUCGAAGAUCAAUCUUAGUGAGAUGUUAAUGUCUUUAACUUAUGAGAUCACAUCAAGAACAGCCUUCGGUGGGAGAACCGAGGACCACGAGAAAUAUAUACCACUCUUACGAAAAAUGGUCGAGUUGGGAGCUGGUUUUAGUUUUGUAGAUCUUUUCCCUUCUGUUAAAUUGUUUCAUGUGAUGAGUGGCAUGAGGACUAAACUUGAAAGGCUGCAUAAAAAAUCAGAUUCGAUCCUCGAAAAAAUCAUCGAAGAACAUAGACUAAAGAAGGCAAUGAUUGGUUCUAGGGAAGAUGCUGCAAACAAUGAUUUGCUGGAUGUUAUGUUGGAUCUUCAAGAAAAUGGAAACUUUGGGUUCCAAUUCACAAUCAACAAUGUCAAAGCAGUUAUACAGGACAUUUUUCUUGGUGGGAGUGAGACAUCAUCUACAGCUAUGGAAUGGGCAAUGUCAGAACUACUGAAGAAUCCGAAAGUGAUGGAAAAGGCACAAGCAGAGGUGAGACAAGUCUUCGGUUCUAAAGGAUACGUCGAUGAAGUAGGUCUCGAAGAAUUAAAAUUCUUGAAGUUGGUUAUCAAAGAAACACUGAGAUUGCACCCUCCUCUUCCAUUGUUAAUUCCAAGAGAAUGUGGAGAGAAAUGUAAUAUAAACGGAUAUGAAAUACCAGUGAAAUCGAGAGUAGUCAUCAAUGCAUGGGCGAUCGGAAGAGAUCCAAAUCAUUGGACUGAAGCUGAGAGGUUCUAUCCGGAAAGAUUCCUCAACAGCUCAAUAGACUAUAAGGGGGCUAAUUUUGAAUACAUCCCAUUCGGUGCCGGAAGGAGGAUAUGUCCAGGAAUGUCAUUCGGAAUAGCCAAUGUUGAGCUUCCGCUCGCGAAUUUGUUGUUCUAUUUUGAUUGGAAACUCCCUGAUAAUGUCAAAAAUGAAGAAUUGGACAUGACUGAGAAUUUUGGUGCUGCAGUUAGAAGAAAAAGAGAUCUCUACAUAAUCCCCAUUCCUUAUCAUCCCAAAAUUGUGGAGUGAAUAAAACUAAGAGUGAACCCUUUUAAUUAUUU